AUGGCCGAAAUCCUCGAAAAGCUUCCCGUGCCAACGCUCGACCGGCCGUUCGGCGUUCACCUCUGGCCGAUCUUUGAUAAGGCCUUUGAGAUGGUGAAAGGAUACCCUGCCAGCGAGUUCAAGUUCGAGGAGGGUGUAACCGCACUUUCCACCUUCAAAGAAACCGCGGCAAUCCUCGUUACCUACUAUGUCGUGAUCUUUGGUGGUCGCGAGGUGAUGAAGAAUUUCCCUGCUUUCAAGCUCAACACUCUUUUCAUGCUCCACAACCUGAUCCUCACUAUCAUCAGUGGUGUCCUGUUGGUCCUGUUUAUGGAACAGUUGAUCCCCACUCUCUGGCGCAACGGUGUCUUCUACACCAUCUGUGACCACCGUGGUGGAUGGACUCAGCCUCUCAUCGUUCUUUACUACCUCAACUAUGUCAACAAGUACUGGGAGUUCAUGGACACCCUGUUCCUCGUCCUCAAGAAGAAGCCUUUGACCUUCCUUCACACCUAUCACCACGGUGCCACGGCUCUUCUCUGCUACACUCAGCUUAUUGGUCUGACUGCCGUCCAAUGGGUGCCCAUCACCAUCAACCUGUUGGUCCACGUGGUCAUGUACUGGUACUACUUCCAGAGUGCCCGCGGUAUCCGUAUCUGGUGGAAGCGGUACAUCACCAUCCUGCAGAUCGUUCAGUUCGUCAUUGAUGUCGGUUUCAUCUACUUCGCCUCGUACACCUAUUUCUCCUCCGUUUACUUCCCAUGGGCCCCCAACAUGGGCAAGUGCGCGGGUGAGGAAUUCGCUGCCCUGGCUGGUAUUGCCAUCAUCACCUCAUACCUGUUCUUGUUCAUUGGUUUUUACAUCGCAACCUACAAGAAGGAGGCCAAGGUUGGCCGUCCUCGCCGCAACACCGGCCAGAAGUCACUCAUCGAGAUGCGCAACUUCGAGAUUCCUUCUCCAGCGAUCCCCGUCACUCCCAAGUCCAAGGGCUCCAAUGGUGCUGCCUCAACUGGCCGCUCCAACGGCCCUGUCACCCGCUCUCGCAAGGCGUAA